AUGCCGAAAGACAAAGACGGACGAGCUCGUCGCACAGUCAAAGCAUGCGUCAUAUGCCACAAGAAAAAGGUCAGAUGCGAUAUUGAUGAUGUGGAUGGAGAGGUGUGUACUCCUUGCACGAGAGACGGGUAUGAGUGCGUACCUCGGGAAAGAAAGCGAAAGCGAUUCACAUUCAGCCCAUCUCCACCCGCAGCAGGCGAGACGCGGGUCAAGACGCAGCAUGAGGACUCCAUGCCCCAGGGAAGCGGCACGAACUUUGCCACGACAGAUAUGGUGAAUAACGGCACAGCGGAAAGCAGUAACCAAGCGUAUGGAACAAGCGUGCAGUCAGAAAGCGAACUUGGACGACGGAUGUCGAGCACAGCAAGUUUCGAGGAGUCUCCAUUACUUGAACACCCUCCUGGCCCGAGUUAUCCGGGAAUGCAUCACAGCAUUGCAUCGAACAUGACGCAACAGUCAUAUCAAAAGUCUAAUAGUGUGAGCUACCUUGGUCGCCUAGAGUAUCUUCGCGGUGAAGUUCCGGUCAAUGACGAUGGGGGUGUUCAUAAUAAAGUACCCCAUCGUCUUUCGGAGAGCGACGUCACGAUCCUGAAGGUGCAACGUGUUGCCGACUUACCUCCACGUUCGAUACGCGAAAGCCUGCUGGAUGCUUUCUGGGAGCGAUGCUAUCCUUGGACUCCAGUUGUUGAGCGAAGCUGGAUCUACGACCGCCGCCCUGGUAAGGCUUCUCUUCUGCUUCAGCAAGCUAUGUUCCUUGCUGGCAGCAGAGUCAGCGCCCCUCUUGCGGACUAUCCAUCCGAAGACUUCUACAAGAAAGCUAGAGUACUGUUUUGGAUGAGCGCCGAAGAAGAUCCCAUAAUCACUAUCGCAGCGGCAUGCCUACUUCACUGGUGGAAUCCACAAGGCCCAGAGCAGAUCUCGCUAGACACUUCCAGCUUCUGGUUACGAGUAUGUGUGGGAUUGGCACAUCAAGUCGGUCUGCAUCGUGAGCCUACGGGUAAGCCCGACGCAGGGUUACGAAAGAGGAUAUGGUGGUCGCUCAAUGUCCGCGACUGUCUCAUCAAUGCGGGACAUGGAAGACCGCGAGCCAUCGAUCUCAAAUUCGCAGACGUUUCUCCAAUAUCUGCCCUCGAUUUUGACGGCGCUACGGGUGCAGCUGAACUCUUUUCUGCAUACGUGGGCAUCUCUUGCAUUCUUGGAGAUCUGACUCAGAGUUAUCUUCGCAAGCACGGUCUACAAGAGCACCGAAAGGCACUUGAGGACAGACUCUUCCGUUGGGUCAAAACACUUCCUGAGCAUCUGCAGCUUUGUAUACAGACGGAGAGGAGACCAUUGAAGCCAUACAGCUUCGAAGCGCGACAGAUACAUGUUCAGUACUUCACAGUGCUGGUCAUAUUGAAUCGCCCAACAGAUCCAAAACUCGCGCCAUCGACAGCUUCGCUUCUUGCUUCGUCGUAUGUUGCAGGCAUUUUCGAGGAAUUUAUGGCUCGGGAUGAGCUUCGUUAUCUUGGGCCUAUAUUCACGUUCUACUGCCUAACAGCUGGCUUUGCCCAACUAUCAUGCUAUCGUUAUGCGGACAUGGUGCAUAUAGCUGAAGAGAAUCUGGAGACCCUGGCGCGAGCGCUUGAAGAGCUCAGUAAGAGGUGGCCCACCGCAAUUGGUAGCUUGAAGCACCUGAUGGAUGUUCGCGAGAAGGUCACACAACGGACACAGUUGGGGCAGUUCCCAGAUUUAAACUUCCCCAACACGACAGCACAAUUCUUCUCUGAUUUCGGCCCCGACCUAUGUCGCAUGUGGCAUCCUAUCUACCAAAGACUACCGAAAGGCACUCCACUCGCGACAAGAGAUCUGAUAACAGCAGAAAUACUGUACGGUCUGCGGACGCCAAACGAUCAGACUAUGGAACUUGAUAUGGCGACAAAUGCGGCUAUACAACAACAAAUGAUGAGCAGCAAUAUCGCUGCUGAGCCGUCGCUCGAACCGACAUUACUCCAGCCACAGGAGUGGUUCGGACAGUACGGUGUGGGCGGUUGGCUCACAGGAGACUGGGACCAAGGAGGACUCGGAUGGUGA